UUGAAAUCACAACAAACACAACCAAACUGGUCAAUUCCUACCAUAACGCAGAAUAAAAAGUUUUAUACUGAACUUUCAACACUUGGUACAUUCUUGUAUUCUGCAUUCAUUGACAUGGAAUUAAAUUCAGAACAUUAUCUUGGACGAACUGUUGAUAACAACACAACGCUUAUCAUACUUGCUUGGCAAAAUAAAAGUUUGAUCGCUCAAGAAUUCAGGUGUUGCAUACGUUCAUCAGAGAAGAUAACUACACAAGACGUAAUGAAUUUGAAUCGACGAGGCGGAACUGAUAUUCAAGUAAUGCGUAUUGAAUGUUUACUACAUGAUCGACAUAUAGAUAUCACAGGCGUGUCGUUGACAACUAAACAUAGACCAUGUUCUGAAAAUGAACAUCACUACAUCUCAGCCACUGUACUAAGCCCAUAUGAACAAGACAAUAGCGUUGCUAUGUGUAACGACUUGUUGUAUGGUACAGUUAACCCAAAAUCAAUUGUAGAGUGGUUUGAAAUUCAUCGCUUUCUCGGAGUUGAUAAAUUCACAAUACACCAAGAUCGAAGUCUGAAUUCCAAAGCGCGGCAUGUCCUACAAUACUAUCAGCGGGAAGGAAUAUUAGAAGUGUUGGAUUUUGAAAGUCCCAUUAAAGAUACAAUAUAUAGGCGCCAACGUGCAGAAAAAUUACCAAAAUAUGAAAGUAAAAAGGAAAGUCAGCAGAUGUGGACCGACGAAUCACUCGCUAUUUUUGACUGUAGAGAGAGACAUAAACACUUUGCGUUUGCUGUUGAUAUUGACCUUGAUGAAUUUAUUGUGACACAGAUUGUAAAACAUAAUGCGAUCAAAAUACAUUUGCGGAACCCAACCACAAGACGACUCCAACCAGCAAAGACACAGAGCAAAUCAGCCUUACCAAAGCCCAGCCCGACCUGGACACACUCUAUUUGCUAUUCAGCCAGUAAAGAGAUACUGAGAUGCCAGGCAAACAGUAUGAAUCCCGAACAGACCACACCCCAGCGCAAGCCAAUCCGCACCCCAACAAACCGCAGUCGUGCUAUG